CAAGCACAGUCAACCUACCUCCUGCACGAGCGUUUACAAUUUAGGUUUUUCUUGAUACUAAAGUGGAAUACAACAAUCAAAAUGCCGAAGGUCAGGGCGGAGAAGAAAACCAGGCAGCACCAAGAAGUCAAAAAUCAAGGGAUCAUGUUCAACACUGGGAUCGGUCAGCACAUCCUGAAGAAUCCUCUGGUCGUCAAUGGGAUCAUUGAGAAGGCUGCCCUGAGGCCAACAGAUGUGGUUCUGGAAGUGGGACCUGGUACUGGUAACAUGACUGUUAAACUGCUGGAAAAAGCCAAGAAGGUGGUGGCCUGUGAGUUGGACUGCAGAUUGGUGGCUGAACUUCAGAAAAGAGUACAGUGCACACCCCUGCAGACCAAGCUUCAGAUAUUAGUCGGAGACGUAUUAAAAACAGAUCUGCCUUUCUUUGACGUCUGUGUGGCCAAUUUACCUUACCAGAUUUCAUCGCCUUUUGUCUUCAAACUAUUGCUGCAUCGACCUUUCUUCAGAUGUGCCGUGUUGAUGUUCCAGAGAGAGUUUGCCAUGCGACUGGUUGCCAAACCCGGAGACAAGCUGUACUGCAGACUGUCCAUCAACACACAACUACUGGCACGUGUAGAUCAUCUCAUGAAAGUGGGAAAGAAUAAUUUCCGUCCUCCUCCUAAAGUGGAGUCAAGUGUUGUCAGGAUAGAGCCGAAAAAUCCUCCUCCUCCAGUUAACUUCCAGGAGUGGGAUGGCCUGGUCAGAAUAGCCUUUGUAAGGAAAAACAAAACCCUCAAUGCAGCUUUCAAGUCCACUGCGGUCGAGCAGCUGCUGGAAAAGAACUACAGGAUUCACUGCUCUGUGCACAACGUGGAAGUCCCAGCAGACUUUAGCAUCACCAAGAAGAUAGAGAGUGUUUUGCAGGAGGCUGAUUUCAGUGAAAAGAGAGCCAGGUCCAUGGAUAUUGAUGACUUCAUGGUACUGCUCCACGCGUUCAACUCUGCUGGGAUCCACUUUUCUUAAAUGGCAGGUGAACCAGAAAUAGCUUUAUGACGUAUGAUGCCUUUAUGGUGUGAGGACAGUCUUUAGUGGUCAGAUGAGAUUGCUAAUUGACCGUUUCUCUUCCUUGUCGUGGUUUGCUUUGAACAACUGAAUCUCAAGUGUUGCAAUGUUUGAAAUGUAUAAAAAUAUUAGAGCAUUUAAAGAACUCAUAUUGAGAUUCUUAACUGUGUAAUUUUACCUUUUUAUGAAUAUAGACUGUCACUGCACCUACAAGGACAAUAUAGCAGGGACUACUGUCAGUGGUUGUAGAAAAUAUGCUAUGAAUGAUUUCUCUGUCUUAAAGCAAUCACCUACAUGUUUUCUAAACAACUUCAAAAUCACUUUUUCCAGCUAAAAGUAAAUAUUUAACAACUGUUUUGAGUGUUGUAAAAUAAACUCAGAUUGUUG